AUGAAAGAAUUGUACCGUAAUCCUUCGGAAACGAAUCUGAUUAACAUCAUACAUCUGACUCCGGCUAUAGAGUUGAGAAAACUCGAUAGUGGUAGCAUUGUAGAAGGUCAAUCCGAAGCACGAUUUAGGAACUCUGAUAUCAGUCCAGAAAUGGAUCGUCUCUAUAUUACAAAUAUGAAAAUUUCAAAACAUAAAAUUGAAGAUAUAGCAAAUGCACCCGGCUUUGUUAAAAUACAUUAUGAUUCUCUAACAAUGAAUGAUUAUGAAGAAUUUGCUACACAAGAUUCUCUUAGUUUUCGAUAUAUCGAUGGUGUCAAAUGUAAACAACGAUUAUUCGAAUAUUUCGAAAAGAAUUCGGACAUAAGUAGUUACAUCAAAAUAGAGGAGAAGGACAGAUUUCAUUUUUCGCCAAGCAUACAAUGUACGAUCAUGUAUAGUGAAAAAAUACCAGAUUAUGUAUCACUUUUUAACAAAAUUGGAUUGUUUCAACAGCAAAGCACCCAACCAUGCUAUAACAGCUUUAACAAUUAUUUACAAUUGGCUAGACAAUCUAUGAUCGUCAACAGUAUGGCUUAUUUCACACAAAGCACGGGACAAAAUGUCUCUCCUUAUAUUGAAUUACUUAACAAUUUGUCUGAAUGUAGUAAUGGAAAAGACUUAUUUUACUGUAAUUCAGUAGAAUUCUGCACAUCUUUUUUGUCACCAAUAUUUGGUAUAGAAUUUUCACCACAAAUGAAACUAAGAAUCAUAACUCUGAUGGAAUUUUAUUUGAAAUAUAGAAGUUUAGCAGAUAGAGAAAUUAUAAGAAAACAAACUGCAAUCUCAAGUAUAGAAUGUGAUAUUGUAUUUGCAUUCGAGUUAGAUUACAUACCCGAUAUCAUUGACAAAACCUUAAAGCGAAUUAAAGUUUAUCGGCCAGAUUUAUAUCAGAAACUUCUCAACGAUUGUACGAUUUAUAUUGUUUCGAAAUCAUCAGCAAUUAACAAAGAUAAAUUGGAUUCAAAUUUAGAAUUUCGUUAUUCGUUAUCAAAAUUAGAAUUAAUCUUGGCUGAUAAUCGGACCAAUAAUGAAAAUUUAUUAAACGGUAUCGCAAGAGCUAUCUAUUACAAAUAUAUACGUUCCAUUGUAAUCGAUGGUAUACAUUUAACCUCUUAUUUCAUUAAAACGACUGUAUUAUGGCUUUGUGAAAUAAUGAAUCUGGCAGAAAUACAGUGUGUGAAUAUCACUGAAGAAUUAACUAAGAUAUGGAUUAGAUUUGCUUGUGAUAAAUUGCAUACAAAAUAUUGUCAACAUUAUUUUAUUUCUAACAUUAAUAUACUUGAACAUCACAAUACUGAAUUGUUACAUACAAUAAGCAAACGAUUAACUGAUAAUCAAACAAAUAUAAUCAAGAUGUUAAUAACAAAUGCUGAUAUUGAUGAUGCUGACGAAUAUACCAAAGAGGAUGAAGAAUACGAAUUCAGUAAGGAAUACAUUGAACAAGAAGAUUCAGCCGAUAAAGAACAUUUUGAAAUUUUAAAAAAAUAUUUUCCUUAUCAAAAAUCCGAAUUUUCUAAUACAUGUUACAGACUAUUAUUAAAUGCAUUUAGUUCAUCUGAUACUUUAUCGGAUAAACAAUUUUGGAUUUUAUACAAACAAAUGUUUCUUGAUUAUAAAUCAACUAUUACAAAUGAAUAUGAUAGCUGUGAUUAUGACAAAAUAUCCUAUUUGAAAUUUAUUACCAUGUUCCAGAUAAGUAUAAAACAAAUGAUGUAUGCUGUUGAUAUAAUACCAUAUUUAGACAAUGCUAUUAUCAAACCUGUAAACAAUCAAUGUUCAACUCAAGGCAUGAUAAACGCUAUUAGUAGCGUUCUACAAAACCAUGAACAACCACUAACAGAUACAAAUCCAAUUAUAGAUGGAAAAAGUUCGCAUUUUAGAAAUCGAUUCCACGAAGGGAGCAGUUAUGCAUUAUCAGGAGGAUUUGAAAUGCACACACAAUAUCGCAGAUUAGCACAAAUAGUUUCGGACAAGUGUCUGUUCAGAUGUCAUUAUGUCAACAAUAAUAAUCAAAGAUGUAAAAAAUAUGGUUAUGUAAAUGAAAUUGAUCAAUUACCUUUUUGUAUUGACCAUAAUGUUGAACAUAACAGAGAUAAGAGACAAGCAUCAGCAAGUAUACCAAUACGUUCGCCAGAAAAACAUUUGGAAAUUGAACUUGAUUAA